AGAAAAUUUUCUCUUUCGCAAGCAUGAUGAUAUUUGAUGACUUUUUCGAUAUCACAUCACUUCCAUUAUUAUCUGGAGGAACAACAUGCUCUUCCUCUUAUAAUUCACUUCCGUUAAAUAUUUCAAGCACUUCCACACAUUAUAUAGUUCGUACAGAAUUGCCUGGUAUUCCACAAAACCAAAUAUCAGUUGAUAUAAAUGAAGAUGGAAUACUCGACAUUCGGGCUGAACGUCAUUCAAAAGAAGACAAAGAGAAAACGAAAACUAAGGAUGAAGAAGAUGAAAUAGUUAAAGAAAACUGGGCUCUUAAGGGUAAAUUAUACCGCAGUAUAAAAUUUCCUAAAGAACAUGUUGAUGUUGAUGGAGUCAAAGCUGAACUAAAUAAUGGAGAAUUAAUUAUUAAAGUACCUAAAAAGAAGACACAAGAUGCAAAAGAUCCUAAGAGGAGAAAUGUUAAAAUUAUUAAGGGAAAAUUGUAAACAUCAGUAAAUUUGUGACAAAUUUGGAAUUUUUUGGAUCAUGGAGGGUUUAUUGAUUUUUUUUCAUCUAAUUAGUUUAAAUUCUAUUUCCUUCCAUACUUAUAAGUCCAAGAAGUUCUAUUUUGUUAUCAAGAUUUUAAUUACUAUAUCAAUUAGCUUGCUUUCAAUAUAAUAUUAGAAAUAAUUUUUUUUAUCAAUAUUUUUGCAAAGAUCUUAAUAAAUAAAAAAUUGCUUUAAUUAUUGCUU